AUGUCAGUUCAUCUUGUCUUGUCAGUAAUCAUCGAUAGCGACAUCAUCCAGACAAGCGAGAAAGUUCUCUCGUUUAUGUUACGCGUACGAUUACGGUCUUUGAAGGACGAAAUCUUGAAAUUACAACAUGCUGAGGAGGACGAUAAUGGUGGACGAUCACCGACGAAGCGUCUGAGCGCUGACCGCAUCGACCGCAACUCGCAUGAAAAACUCGCUGUGGCCGGCGGCGGCGGUGGUGGCGCGGAAUCCAUUGGGUUUGAUGCCGGAAAACUGGAAAUGCUUCGCCGUCGUCGUCCUCGUCGUCGUCAUGAGAAACGAUUCGAUACGAGAAGCUGCCGCAUAGAUGGAUGA